UCAACGCUUGCUUGCAUUCGCGUACGGUUCGACGGAAAGCUAUCAUCACCGUCGAGAUAGCCAGACGGGUUCGCACAUCGCACACACUCAGUAGGCGGCGGCGUGUUAUCACUACUCUGAACGAACUCCCCGGUUUGCGUGCAUGCGCCGCCAUGGCCUGCUCGGUUCGCGAUGUGGCGCAAAAGAUUGCCGUUUGGGUGCUGUGCCUGUUCUACUCGGCCCAGAUCGUGCUCAUGAUCGUGGUGAUGUUCUUCAAGAAGCCCCACUCCAAGUUCUGGGUCGUGAAGAAACGUCCGUACGCACCGCAAUGCCUCGUGAAGCACGAGUACGGCGUGAGCAAGUACGCCACGGUGAACGGCGUGAAGUUGCACUACGUUGAGAAUGGUGACCCAAGCAAGCCGUUGAUGCUGUUCAUCCAUGGCUACCCCGAGUUCUGGUUCUCCUGGCGGCACCAGCUCAAGGAGUUCUCCAAAGACUAUUGGGUAGUCGCUGUGGACAUGCGCGGGUACGGCGAUUCGGACAAACCGAAACAGCUGGAUGCCUACGAGAUCACCCAGUUGAUACGAGAUGUUCGCGAACUUGUGACGACUUUAGGUCGCAAAAAGUUCACCCUGGUGGCGCACGACUGGGGCGCGGUCAUCGGCUGGGAGUUUUUGGCCACACACAUGGACAUGGUGGACAAGUACAUCCUGAUGGACGCACCCUCCCGACGGGUCGUCCGGAAGCUUCUGCUGACCAACAAAACCCAGUUUAAGAUGUCCUGGUACGUGUUUUUCUAUCAAAUGCCCAAACUACCAGAAUUCUUCAUGCGAAUGAGCGACCUCAAAUUGUUUGAAAUGGUAUUCCGCAAACAUUGUAAUGACGAGGAGCUUGAAGCGUUCAAGUACACGUUUGCCAAAAAGGGCGCCCUCACCUACCCCAUCAACUACUACCGGGCAAACUUUGGCACCCGGGUUCAGUCGAGUCGACCGCCGGCGGACGUUCCGCACGCCCCCGGACUCUACCUGUUGGGCGAGCACGAUGCGUACAUUUCGAAGGAAACCGGUCCGCUGAUGCAGAAGGAGUACAACAAUCUGAGCUUCAAGAUUGUGCCCGGGGUGGACCACUUUCUGCAGCAGCACAACCCGACGCUGGUGAACCGGGUGAUGCGGGAGUUUUUGGAAGGAACUGGUGGCCAAUAAAGAAAUUUAUUGCAGAAAAUGAUGGCCGUAAUGACGGGACGUGUGACCUGUGUGUAGUCACUGCCAAUGUGACGAGGGUGAAAGCAGCUUUGGAAUAUGUGACUGGGAGCACAGUGGGGGAAAUGUUGUUUUGUUGUUUUGAAAAUAAAUUAUUUUAUUUUAUCAA